AACACGUUCUGUGCGUUCACAGGAAUACCCAUCAUGGCACCCAGAGGCAGGUGCUGCUGGACGCUCCGGUUCAGCUCUCCCAGAUAUCGGCAGACAACGUUUGUGCAGCGGACGACGUUCAAGGAAUCUGGAUGAUGAAGCGUGGCCAGAACACGACGGUGGACGCCAAGAAGCUGGAGAAGGCCGAGGCCAAGCUGAAGGCCAAGCACGACCGGCGCAACGAGAAGGACUGCCUGAGGCCCGCCGCCCCACUAGUGCUGGAGGAGGCGUCGGCCAGUCAGGCCAGCAGUAAAAAGGAGAACCGAGUCGACCAAUCGGGGAAGAACCGCGGCUACGACAUCCGCAUCGAGAACUUUGAUGUGUCGUUUGGAGAAAGGUGUUUACUUCAGGGGGCGGAGCUGUCUCUGGCGACGGGCCGGCGGUACGGUCUGAUUGGGCGGAACGGUCUGGGGAAGACGACGCUGUUGAAGAUGCUGGCGAGCCGGAGCCUCCGGGUGCCGGCGCACAUCUCCAUCCUCCACGUGGAACAGGAAGUGGCGGGCGACGACACGUUGGCGCUGCAGAGCGUCCUGCUGAGCGACACGCUGAGGGAGGGGCUGCUGGGCGAGGAGAAGGCGCUCAACGCCCGCAUCGCCAACGGAACUUCUGAUGGGAUGGAGAGCGCCAGACUGUCGGAGAUCUACGGGAAGCUGGAGGAGAUCGAGGCGGACAAAGCUCCAGCCAGAGCCUCCAUCAUCCUGGCCGGUCUCGGAUUCUCUCCCAAGAUGCAACAGCAGACGACGAGGGAAUUCUCAGGAGGAUGGAGAAUGAGGCUGGCUUUAGCCAGAGCUCUGUUUGCACGAUCCUCUUUGAAUGGAAACCACCAGGGCCCAGUACCAGAGCCCAGUACCGGAGCCCAGUACCAGGGCACAGUACCAGGGCCCAGUACCAGAGCCCAGUACCAGGGCCCAGUGUUUAUUGACAGAUUUCGGUACAACGCUAACCGAGCGGCUCAGGUGCAGAGCAAACUGAAGCUGCUGGAGAGGCUACCUGAGCUGAAGCCCCUCGAGAAAGAAAUUGAGGUCACUUUAAGGUUCCCAGAUAACUUUGAGAAGUUGUCUCCUCCCAUCCUGCAGCUGGAUGAAGUGGAGUUCUACUACACUCCAGAGCGGCCUCUGUUCUCUGGACUCAACGUGUCCGCUGACCUCGAGUCUCGCAUCUGCAUCGUCGGUGAAAACGGAUCCGGCAAAACGACUGUUCUCAAACUUCUGAUGGGCGAGUUGACGCCGGUGGGAGGAGUCAGACAAUCUCACAGGAACCUGAAGAUCGGGUACUUCAGCCAGCACCAUGUGGACCAGCUGGACCUGAACGUCUGCUCCGUGGAGCUGCUGCUCAACCGUUUCCCCGGGCGGACGGAGGAGGAGUACCGCCACCAGCUGGGCGGCUACGGCAUCACCGGGGAGCUGUCCACCAGGCCGGUGGCCAGCCUAUCAGGAGGCCAGAAGAGCCGCGUGGCCUUCGCCCAGAUGACCAUGCCAUGUCCUAACUUCUACAUCCUAGAUGAGCCGACAAAUCACCUGGACAUGGAGACCAUCGAGGCUCUGGCUAAAGCCCUCAACAAGUUCAGAGGCGGAGUCGUCCUCGUGUCCCACGACGAGCGUCUGAUCCGGCUGGUGUGCCGGGAGCUCUGGGUGUGUGAGCACGGGAAGGUCGGACGCAUCGACGGCGGCUUCGACGAGUACCGAGACAUCCUGCACGAGCAGUUCAGGAAGGAGGGCUACCUGUGAGGCCGCGCCCACCACCUGUGAGGCCACGCCCACCACAUGGCAGCCAAUCGGCCGUCGGGGCAGACCGGAGGACGCUUUCUUCUCUGAACUGUCUCGCCUGCUGCGAGCCGAUUGGUCGUUCCUGCUCAGCUGGUGAGGGGAGGAGUCACCGUGGUGAGGGGAGGAGUCACCACCAUCUGGACUUUAUUUAAAAGUUUAUUGUUGAACGUGUUUUAGUUUUGUAUCUCUAAUCAAUCAAAGUGAUCAGCUUCAUCAGAUCAAUAAAACAUCCCACCAAGCU